AUGAAGUCUUUCAUCGCUCUCUCCUCCGCCAUCCUGGCCUCUCUCAACCUCGUCGCCGCUGUCCCAGCACCCUCCCCCGAGGCAGUCUCAGUCUCAGUCUCAUACGACACAGUCUAUGAUGUCGCCGGCUCCUCCUUGAACACAGUCGCCUGCGGCAGUGUCCUCGCCGGGAAGUACCCUACAUUCGGGCAGUUGCCAGGCUUCCCUCACAUUGGCGGUGCCAUCACCAUCGCCGGCAAUGGCAGCCCUAGCUGCGGAAAAUGCUACCAGCUGCACUACACUGGCAAUGGAAUCGACAAGACCAUCACCGUUCUUGGAAUUGACACUGCCCCUGCUGGAUUCAACAUUGGCCUCAAGGCCAUGAACGACCUCACUGGUGAUCAGGCUGAGCAGCUGGGUCGUGUCCAGGCCACCUACACCGAGGUUGAUAUCUCCCAGUGCGCAUAA